AUGUUCAACUACCGCCUUCGCCAUGUUCCUGGAACUCGGUUGGGUAAGGUGGAUGCACUGUCACGGGUCAAUCAAGAUGCGUCUGAAGGGGGGGGUGAACUUCCUGUGGAAGAAGUCCUUCUUCCAUCAGAAGUCUUCAUUCAAGCCAUUCAGAACCUCGAACCCAUCAAUACAGACAUCAAACAAUGCAUCUUGGCCUGCAAAACCAAGGACAGCAUUGCCAAUCACAGACUUCGGCUGGCAUUACAACACACUUCAUCCACAGAAAAGUGCACUCCUCCUAACUGGGACAUUCAGGACAACUUGUUGGUAUUCAGAGGACAAGUUUACAUACCCAAGGACACCAAACUUCAACAGGAUCUCAUUAAGGAAGCUCAUGAUUCCCCUACCACAGGACACCCUGGGUGUUACAAGACGCAGGAGAUUCUACAAAGAACCUACUGGUGGCCCACUCUUGCGCGUGACGUCAAUGACUACGUCACUGGUUGUGCAACUUGCCAAGAGAAUAAAGUCAUCACACAUAGGAACUCCCCGGAUCUCAUGCCCAUUUCAACAGAACAUCACCUUCCUUUCCAAUCUAUCGCUAUGGAGUUCAUCAUGGAUCUUCCUCAGAGUAACGGCUUCGACAGCUGUCUAGUAGUCACUGAUCAUGACUGUGCCAAAGCCAUGGUAUUCAUUCCCUGCAACAAGACAGUUACAGCAUCUGAGACAGCUACCCUAUAUCAGAACCAUGUCUUCCGACGGUUUGGACUACCUGUGAAAGCUAUCUCCAACAGAGGGCCACAGUUUGCAUCAUGA